CUCUCCAGGUUUCCCUCUCCACCAUUCAUCAUCUCCUUCAUUCUCUCUUUCUUCUUCCCCCAAUGCCAUCCCUCCUAUUCAAAUUCUUCCAUCUUUACCAACUCCUUCAAUCAAUCCUCCUCUAUUUCAUCCCUCAAAAGCUCCGCCAUUUCCUCCCCACCUCUUUCCACCCAAAACCCACCAUCACCUCCGUCGUCCCAUCUCCGUCGCCGCCGGACAUUACCUCCUCCCCCAUGGAUUCCGGCGAGAUUCGUCGGAUAUUCCAAAUGUUCGAUCGCAACGGAGAUGGCCGUAUAACAAGAAAAGAACUGAACGAUUCUCUCGACAACAUGGGUAUCGUAAUCCCAGACUCAGAUUUAACAAAAAUGAUCGAGGAGAUUGAUGUUAACGGAGAUGGGUGUGUCGACAUUGAUGAAUUUGGGGCACUUUAUCAGUCGAUUAUUGGACUUGGAAGAGGAACAGGGGAAAGGAAAGAAGAAGAAGAAGAUGAGGAUAUAAGAGAGGCGUUUAAUGUAUUCGAUCGUAAUGGUGAUGGGUUUAUUACAGUUGAUGAAUUACGAUCUGUUCUUUCUUCUUUGGGAUUAAAACAGGGACGAACGGCGGACGAUUGCCGGAGAAUGAUUAGUAAAGUCGAUGCUGAUGGCGAUGGAAGGGUUAACUUUUCCGAGUUUAAACAAAUGAUGAAAGGAGGAGGCUUUGCUGCUUUAACUUAAUUCUUUUUCUUUCUUUCUUUCCUUUUUUAUUUCUUUCUUUCUUUAAGAGAAGAAGACAAGAUUAUUGAAAUUUAUCAACUUGGAAUUUCAGUUUUUAAAUUCUUUCUUGUCUAAAAAAAAAAGAAAAAAUAAAUAAAGUUUAAUUGUUUGAAUUU